GUUUCUUACGGGAUUUCGUCACAGGUCUCGCGGUAUCUGGAUAGGACUCCUCUUAAUUCGCCCCCCUCAGAAGAUUCAAGGAUGGCGGCUUCGGCAGUUUUGUACACUGGCAGGCAGCUGUGGAGGCCCGCCUUGUUGGCGUCCCGCUCGGUAAGUCGACGGUUUCGACUGCGGUUGUGAACAUUGACCUUGUCCGGAGGUGAAGAGAAACCGGCGCCGCUACCUUAGUUUCCUCUCAGGGGAGUGGGUGGGCGGGCUGGGGCAACCGUUGCCAUGUUUCCGAUUGGUUAAGAAGGCAGCCGGUGGGUGGGACAAAAGGAGAAUGAUGCUUUCGCAUUGGCUGGCCUCUUAUGGAAAGGUUUUUUAUUUGGCGCUUCCUUUGGGACUCGUUGCGUAGCAGAUAAUUUUGAUUGGGCUAUAGAUAUGAGACUAGGAGAGAAGAAUUAAAGGGCUAAAAGCACAACCAAGGAAAUUAAAGGAAAGGAAACAGCCCCGUUUGCACGAGAUGAUGAUGAUGAUGAUGAUUAGUAACCUCUAUAGUAAUGAGUCUGGAAUAACUGCCACCCAUUGCUUUCAUACAGACUUAUUUAUUAAUUGCAUUUAUCUCCCACCUUUCAUCCAGGGAGCUCAAGGUGGUUCACACUUUUCCUGUUGCUCCCCAUUUAUCCUCACAACAGCAACCCUGUGAGAGGUUUGCCCACAGUCACCCAGUGAGCUUCAUGGCUGAAUGUGGAUUUGAACCCUUCAUUAGCAAUAAAUAUUUGAUCAUAUUUGAUGGGACAGUUGAGCAAGAACGCUUUGACAGAUCAAAUAUCCAUCUUUAGCUUCUGGCAAAGGGGAGUAAAUGAAAGAUCUCACUCAAACCUGGAAUUUCACAAGAGUCAGGCAGGACACCUAGUGUUUCAUUCCUGUCUUGUAAGAAUCCUUUAUUUCUGGAUUCCCCAAAUCACCUUCCUUAGCCUAUCCUGUUUUUCUCUCUCCCUCACAGGUGCAGGCUCUAACAGAUGGCAGUCGCAGGAAUGUGGCCUCGGUUUGUAUUGCUUGUGCUUGCUAUCCUUUGUCACAGAGAGAUGUUAGGGGAGGCACUCUUGUGUUCUUUUGUUUCCCCCACAAAUUCACUGACAGCUGUCUAUGGACAGAAGGGGGAUGUAAAUGGUCCUAAUGUGACGUCUGUUUCUAAUCUCUUUACUGAUUGGGCACCCGAGGAGUUGGGAUCAAAUCUGGUAUGCAAACAAAAUGUUGCAAUCUAGGACAGUUUCAUCUCUUGGAGGAAGAUGUUCUAAUGGGCUCUGCCAUAUUGACCUGCCUUUUCCAUGUCUUCUCUCUGUUCAGUUGGAGUAAUAAUACUGACUUAUUAACUGUGUAGGGAAAUUACAAGGUACUAACAGCCUUGUACCUUUUAAAAUCAAUGGUUAAAAUCAGUACAGUUUUCAAAGGUUCAGUCUAUUAUCAUGAUUCAAAAUGGCAUCCAAUUUUAUCACAACAUAGAUGGAAACCUGCUCCUUGAUUCACAAACUGUUGUGCAAAAUUUGGUUAUGAUCUCUUAAAGAGGUAUCCAAAUGCAUAGCAAGCAACUAACUUUCCAAAUACAUGGAAAAAUUAAAAAGAUCAGUGGAUAACAUUUCAGAGGCACCAGAUUUACUUUCUGGACCCUUGGAAGUUUGGUCUUGUAGACCUUAAGACCCACUGGUGAGAGCCAGUGUGGUGUAGUGGUUAAGAGCGGUAGUCUCCUAAUCUGGGGAACCGGGUUCGCGUCUCCGCUCCUCCACAUGCAGCUGCUGGGUGACCUUGGGCCAGUCACACUUCUUUGAAGUCUCUCAGCCCCACUCACCUCACAGAGUGUUUGUUGUGGGGGAGGAAGGGAAAGGAGAAUGUUAGCCGCUUUGAGACUCCUUAAAGGGAGUGAAAGGCGGGAUAUCAAAUCCAAACUCUUCUUCUUCUUCUUCUUAAUACAUUCUGGCUUCCCUGUUCACUACAGCUGGUGUCCGUGAGGGUUAGAAUCCUGGUAAUAUUUGUUUAAAAAUGAAAAUUGGGAGUCCCAGAAAUCUUUGACUAUUGCAGUACACAGAGGAAGUUACGCUCUGUAAAUCACAGUACUGUAAUGGCUCUAAGGACAUAAGAGAUUGUAAUUCACUCUGCUGGUUAAAAUGCUCGAUGAAGGAUCUUGGGAAAUGUAUGGUUAACAAUAUAUUUUUCUUUACACUGCUGCCUGUGAAACUCUUGUUCCUUUUUUUCUUUCCCAUCUUUCCAAUAUCUGUUCCUGAUACAUUGCCUACAGCAACAGACUAUUGUAAGUAGUUUUCCUACCAUUUCAAUUUUAAACUUGGAGUUACAGCCAAUGGGUUUAAGUCUCCUAUUCCAAUUAUCAAGUAUUCAUCAGGCUGCAAAUGUCCCAAGCUGGAUGGUAACUGGCAAAGGGUGGCUGCUAAGACUGACACUACUGAGCUAGAAUAUAUGGACCAUUAGUCCUAAGUUGUUCUUUAGCCUCCUCUCCCAAGUUGGAAAUAGUGGGCUUAAACCUUUUUUCAAUUUGGUUUUGGAAACACUGUCUCCUGAAUGGGGUUUGAUAAGGGUUGGGAAUACUGGUGUCUAUAUUUACCACUGGAAACCAAAGGUUAGAGUGGCUAAAAUUCAAGGCAAUUGAGAAUAUCAUGACAAUCCUUAGUGCUGGUUGACUGUAGUGUAGCAAGCUAAAAGAAUGAGGUGAGAAUGGGGUGGUCUGCUGGUUAGAAUAGAGCAGCCGGUGUUACCUGGCUGGGAUCUAGGACUCUCAGGGUUUCAUUCUUCACUUUGAACAAAGAAUCUAUACCCUUGUUGUUUUUAAGCUCUCCUGAUCAUCAGAAGCUUGUCAGGGGUUCCUCAUUGGGAAGGAAGAUCCAUAAGGGUGAACCAGCUUGUUUGCCUUCCAUGCUUUGUGUAGGCAUAGGGAAGUGCUGAGCAUGUUCUAGGAUGCUCCCCCUAGUUAGCAAGGGGUGACAGUGAAGCCCAGUAGGCCUGACCAAGCACUCCAUGCAAACUGAGUGGGUGACUUAGAAAAUGCCCCAGAACCCUCUGCAGUGUGGGUGGGGGCAUUUCAUGGCAGACUCUGCAUGUCAGUGUGGAAAGGGUUCUUUGGAGGCUUGUCUGAAAGGCAUUGGCCUAGAUGAGCAUGGCAGGGAUGUGUAGUGACUGAGAACAAAGGCCUCCUAAGAUUCCUGGGCAGGGGUGUGGCCUAGCCAAAAGGAUUACGAUUUGCAAGAUUUUGUUCUAAACUGCCUAAACCUGCACCUCUUUCUCCACAGCCUCCACCAGCCAAAUAUGGGGGACGCCAUACUGUGACAAUGAUUCCUGGAGAUGGGAUUGGGCCGGAGCUUAUGCUUCAUGUCAAGGAGGUGUUCAGGUACAAAUUUCCUCUCUGUGUGCCUCUCCAGAGCUGUGCAUAAGACCCAGAAGGCCUGCUUGUGUGCACUGACCUGUCCUGCUAACUAAUAGACACUUUUUGCCUCUCAAAGCCAUGGCUGGAAUUCACCUUGACUGCCCCACCCUUCUCUUCUCUCUACCCCAGGCAUGCCACUGUGCCUGUGGACUUUGAGGAAGUUCUGGUCAGCUCAGAGGGAUCUGAAGAGGACAUGCAGAAUGCUCUCAUGGCCAUCCGGCGCAACCGUGUAGCCCUCAAAGGUGAUCCUUUGCUUUUCACAGCAUGCAGAAUUGUGCCAAGUUCUGCAUAAAGUGAAGUCGAAAGGAGGAGAAAGGGGUGUCCUGUGUAUCUUUUCAGGGGUCGGUUGGAAAGGGCAGAUUUGUUUUACUGGGCUGCAUGGGCUUAGUAAAGGCCAGUAUCCAUUUAUUUUCCAAAGCCACAUUUUGGAUUCAUCUGGUCCCCUUUCCUUCUUCCCUUCUUCCCUCUUCAGUCCAAAACGAGCUUAUUCUAGGUUUUGCCUUAACAGUAUUUGAAGAUGCUUAUUUUUUUAUUACAUUUAUAUACCAUCUCUGUCUUCCAAGGAGCUCAAGAUGGUGUGCAUGGUUCUCCUCCUCCCCAUUUCAUCCUCACAACAACCCUGUGAGGUAGGUUAGGCUAAGAGCUGGUGACUGGCCCAAGGUUACCCAGUGAGCUUCAUUGCUGAGUGAGGAGUUGAACCCUGAUCUCUUAGGUCAUAGUCCAAUACUCUGCUGCAUUUAAACCUAUAUCUAAUAUUUCAUCCUUGUGAUAGCUCUGGAAAACUGGUGCUGCUUAUUCCCAUUUUGUUUUGUUUUUUUUUAAAUAAUUUUUUAUUAAGAUUUUAAAUAAAGAAAAAAGAAAAACAACACAGACAAAAAAAAACAAUACAAAAUUUAACAAUAAAAAGACAAAGCAUAACAAUUAAAAACAAACUCUCUUUUCCGUUCCCAAUUUUAUAUUACUUAUUUUCUAGACUUCCUCAUACCUCCCUCUUUUGUAUUCCUGUGCUUAUUCCCAUUUUGUGGAUGGAGGAACUGAAACUAACAGCCUCUCAGUACAUGUUUGACUGCUGUGGAAUCUGAAUCCAGAUUUCCCAGGCUUGAUAUUUUAUCCACGUUUGUUUCUAACCCAUCAGGAAAGAGGACAAUUUAUAUAGCUGCAAUUUUCAGAUUGCCCCAUAUUAGUGUGUUAUGUUUACUAAGGCCAGGGAGUGAAUCCUCUUAUUAACUGUUCUCUUUUCCUGGCUUUAUAGGAAAUAUCGAGACGAACCAUAACUUACCACCUUCUCACAAGUCCCGGAACAACAUAAUGCGGUGAGUUGAGAGAGAGGCUUAGCCCAGUUGCCAAGCAGAGCCCUAAGAGUUGGGAGUGUGGUUUAGUCCAUAUACAACCAUUCAUUUCCAUUUUCUACCCCUGUCUAGAGGCUUAAAAAAAAAUAGUGGAAGUGGAAGGAAGUAUGUAAAUAAGGCCAGUAGUUUUAAUUUCUGUAUUGCUUACCAUAGUGAUGCCACAAGUCACAGAACUGAUGUGUUACUCUAGUAUGCUACCCACACUUUAUAUGCCGCUCUGCCCUCUGUUCCUUGGUGUGGUUUUGCUUCUGGUCUGCUGAGCAGGGAAGCACAUUGGAAAAGCAAGCGGCAGCAUUCUUGCUGGUUGGGUGUGACCCUGCAUCACAGCCAGAUCCAUCAGCCCUCCUGCUCCCAUCCAGGUGUGCCACAGAAUCUCAUUUCCAAUGAUGUGGGUUGGUCAUCAUCCAUAGCAUAUGAGGUUCAUCUCUCCUAGCAACACGAUACUCUUGUUAAGGCAAUUGGCGAAACUAGGGAGAAGGUGGAUCUGGGGCAAAAGGAACAAUUGUGCUUUCUGAAGUACACAGAAUCACAACAGUUGUUAUUCUGAGUAGAAUCUGUGCCGUGUGACCUUUUCCUUUCCCUCUCUGAUUCCACAGCACAAAUCUGGAUCUGUUUGCUAAUGUGAUUCACUGCAAGAGCCUUCGAGGAGUGGCAACCAGGCACCAUGACAUUGACAUACUCAUAGUCCGAGAGAACACGGAGGGAGAAUACAGCAGCCUGGAGCACGAGGUGCUAAUUAGCAGAGGCAACCACUUUUGCCCUCUUUAUUUCUCCCCAAAUCCCACUCCCUCCUCAACCCUAUUUGCAUUGGGGCAGUGCUGUUUCCUCUCCAGGUGGGCUUUUUCCCUUUCCUUUCCUUUCCUUCCCUUUCCUUCUAGAGAAUACUCUCUGCUUGUGGCACAUCAUGAUCAGGAUUGAGUGGUGAUGGGAUAGUCCUGCUAUAUGUCAAGUGACCUUUUAGUGAGGUGUCAAAGACUGUAUGAUGGUGGCCAGCAACUGACAGUCCAGGGGUUCAGUCUGGCUCUCAUCCUUCCAUUCCAGGGAUUCCUUCCUGUGAUUACGUACUUCCAAAUGGUUCCUCCUGAGAAAAACCAAGAUGUUGGCAAGUGGCUUUUUUCAGUCACAGGGACUGGCUCUGCAAAAGCUCCUCCAUACUAGCAUAUUCACUCACUCACUCACAGACAUUUGCUUUGGCUCGUAUGGGUGUGAAAAAACAGGCGAAGCCUGCAGCUCUUGCUCAGUUAAAUAGAUGGCCUCUAACCAGGGUUCUAUGAUACAUCAUAGGGGAAAACCACAAGCAGAAAGUUGGUUUCCUAAAACUGGCAAUCCCUCCAAGGAUUGCAGUAAUCUUUCCAAGUAGGACAUCAUUUCCCACCCAGUCCCAACUGAGCUAGAGGUAGAAACUAGGAGCUUUGAUUUUGCCUGUUCUGCCCCUUCCCCCUCCAGAGCGUCUCUGGUGUAGUGGAGAGCCUGAAGAUCAUCACAAAGACCAAGUCGCUGCGCAUCGCAGAAUACGCCUUCAAGCUGGCGCAUGAAGCUGGGCGCAAGAAGGUGACCGCCGUCCACAAGGCAAACAUCAUGUACGUUAGGGGACAUGUAGGCCUUUCUUCAGCGUACAUGUAUGGGAGCAGGAAUGGGUGUAGCUGGGGGGGGGGUUCUGGCUCAGUGGUGUAAAGUGUGCCACAACUUGUGCCCAGUAGGAGAUGCCUUAAUUCUUAUUUAUGCACCCUGCAAAUCAGGCCAUUGUGCUGUGAAAUUGUAUUCCUAGGCUGCCAAGUCAGGGAUCAGGUUUCUGUUCUGUGUGGAAGAGGUAGGCUGUACAGGCCUGACUGUACGCUAGCAUCAGAGACCUUUCUGCUCUUGUUCAGGAAUACCACAACCAUUUGCUGCCUCUACAGUUUGUGGUGUCUUUGCUGCAGCUCUGGCUGAUAUUUCCCCUCUUUUUCUCCCAUAUUAGGAAGCUGGGUGAUGGCCUUUUCCUGCAGUGUUGCAAAGAGGUGGCAGCUGGCUUCCCAAACAUCACAUUUGAGAGCAUGAUUGUCGACAACACUACUAUGCAGGUACUUGGAUGUUCUAGUUUUAUGUCUAGCUGCCAUUUCAAACACAGGACACCUGAGUCUUCUUUGUAGACAGCUCAAAUCUUUGUGUUCUUCAUUCUCUUUGGCAGUGCUGUUCAGGGAUUCCCACCGUAAGUCCCUUUCAGAUUGCCACCUUAGUCCAUUUACAUGGAUUAAACAUGCACAGGAGUCAGUCCCAGCAUUUUGUGCCCACAAGCAUAACUGGGUUUUUUUUGAAAAAUAAAUAGAAUCACGAGAACUGGAAAUGUCAAGUUUUGUAAUAGUCAAAGCAAUUGUUAUAAAGGAAACGGAAGACAUUUCUCAGGAUUUACUUUGGAGGGAAAACAAGUUGGCUAAUAAUGUAACUUUCUGUUUAGAAUAUGUGACUUUUGCAGAUCAUUCAGAGAAAUUGUUUAAAUUAGGAGUGCUUUUAUGAAAGCUUCCAGGAAGAUCUGAAACUACAUCACUGUUGGGAUGGGUGGGGAGAGGAGGGGACAUGAAUCACUACUCUCACCUUUACGCUCACUGCUGUCUCUGAUUUUCCUAGCUGGUGUCCCGUCCACAGCAGUUUGAUGUCAUGGUUAUGCCUAACCUCUACGGCAACAUUGUCAACAACGUCUGUGCUGGACUGGUUGGGGGCCCGGGCCUGGUGCCAGGUGCCAAUUACGGGCGUGAUUAUGCAGUUUUUGAAACGGUGAGUUUUUGAGAGGGUGGUAGAUGUCAGGCUCCGGUAAAGUGGGGUUGAGAUGAAGAAACACCGAGGGCAGGAAUGCUACUUGACUGAGUGAGAAAGGGCUCCUAAGGCAGAGGCUCUGGCUUCCAGAUGGGCCUGAGCACCAGGAUCUCUCCAGUAAGCAUUGCCUGGAAGAAAACUGAGGGAGAUGGAAGAGAGCUGAACACACCAGCAAAAAAACAGGCCACUUGUAUCUUUGCCUCUCCAUUAUUCUAUGUUGGUUUCUUUCAUUUUGGAAACCCUCUUGCUCCCUCAGACAAUAUAGCCUGCUCUCUCAAUGCCUUAUCUCUCUUUUCUCUCUCUUCAGGCCACACGCAAUACUGGCAAGAGCAUUGCUGGCAAGAACAUUGCCAACCCCACAGCCAUGCUGCUUGCCAGCUGCAUGAUGCUGGACCACCUCAAGUACGUGCGCAUACCCCUUUCCCUUUCUCAGCUGCUGCCGCCACUGCCUAAUCAAACUGCUGCAAUUGUUUCCCCAUUUCCCAACUAUGAGAGCCAAUGUGGCAUAGUGGGUUAGCCUCUAAGAUGGGGGUGUGGAACCUUUGGCCCUCCAGAUGCUGCCAUCAUCAUCCCUGACAGUGCUUGCAAUGGCUGAUGGGAGUUGUAGUUCAGCAACAUCUGUGGGGAACAAAGAUUCCCUUCACCUGCUCUAGGCAUUCCCAAGUUCAAAUAUCUACUCAGCCACUAAAUUAUUGGGUGACACUAGGUGGAGAGAUGUAUCUAAAAUGUGGGAGCUACUGCACACUUACCUGAUCGUCUUGGGGAAAGCGUGAGACAAAAAUGAAAUGUUUGUCUCAGUGGCAGAUUCUUCCAUCAUAAUAGGGGAGGGUGGGGGAAGAGAGACUGCAUUUGUGCUGCUGUUUCUCACCACUUCACUCUGUUGUUCAUUGCAGACUGCACAACCAUGCAUCAAUUAUCCGCAAGGCAGUUCUGGCCUCUAUGGACGAAGCAGAAGUGAGUUGUUUAUUCCCUUCCCAGGCCAAUGGCCUAUCAAGAGAAUUGGGGAUAUGGGCUGUUAGCUACUGGGUGUUCUUCUUGGGUCUGUACAUACCAGCAGAGGACUUAAAAACCAUUGUCAAAUAUCUCAGAUUGAUUUCUUGUUUGUUUCGGAGGGCACCCAAAAUGUGACUUGCCAAUCCAUGUCAGGCUUUUAGGGUGCGGGUCUAAAUGAUUCCUAGAGCAAGUGUGAAGGAUGCAGCCAUUGGGCCCAUGAGUCUCUAAAGAUCCCUAAGGCAUGACAAGGAUGGCUGAGCAGGUACUAGUCCAUGUGCCCUACUGGGGGUGCAGUUGGAUCAGAGAACAUGGCCAUGACUUGUACAGCAACGCAGGGACUUGUAGUGAGAAGUAAAUGAAGAAGUUUGUGUCAGUUGGUACAGUGGGGGAGCAGAAGUAUCAAGUUGGUGGCAUUGUGGAAAGAAGGUUGGGCGGAAUAGUCUAUCCCUUCAAUUGGUCAAGAGCCACAGGUUUCCAAGAGUGCACCAUCAUAUGUGCACAACCACAGCAUGUAUGUAUGCGUCUGCAUGUGGGUCUCCCUUGGUAACUGUCCUUACACUUUGAGUAGGUAGCCCAUCUUCACUACAAACGUCUGUUGGGUAUUUGGCAUUUUCAUUUGUGGAUGCCAUGGGAACUAGUUUUUACCUUGGUGAUAUCUCUAGCUCUCCCAUCCCUUUGGGAAGUGCAGUUUCCAGUGUUUUGCUGGGACAAAGGGAUAAUUGCAGUGCAGAUACACCAAAUGUUCGAGUGCAACAGUGUUUACAGAUAAAUUAAACAGUAAAAAAAUGAAGGUCCCAAAAUGCAUGUUUGGGCUGAAGGGGUUUUUUGGCUCCCAAAAGUUUGAAGACAGACUGCUAGUUAACUAAACUGAAGACUGUGAAGGGGCGGUUGUGAGUGAAGGUGGCUUAAUACAGCUUUUUUCUUUAUUUUUCCUCUCCAGACUCACACACCAGAUAUUGGGGGCCAGGGUACAACCUCAGCAGCUGUUCAGUCCAUCCUGCAACAGAUCAAAAAAUCUAACCCAAACCUGGCAAUGGUGAGUUGGGUAGGAAGGUGACAGGUUUGCAGCUCUCAAGGGGGGGGGGGGGGGGAGGGUUGAAGUGGAAGGUGAGGAAGGGAAGUUAUAAGAUUUUGAUGAAGUGCAGACCAAUGUCGUCAUACCAAUGUUUUUGUAUGAUUGUACUUGCUUGUCCUUACUGAGCAGCUUCUGCCUUUAGGGAUUGGAUGUAAGGCAGGAGAAGGAAGGGCAGGGGCUUAGGGGGCACUGGUAACAGCAGAAUUUAGGGGCUGCGUGGACACAAAGGAUCCUCCUGCAACUGAAGCCGAGCAGUUUUAAACUUCACUUGUCCUUGCCUUAGGCUUUGCCUCUUUACAAAAUGGGAAUUUUAGUGAUUAACCAGUGUGAGGUUGGGCAGAAUGAAAUAUAAGUAGUUCUAAGUCUGUGUAGCCAAGAGCUUGUGUAGCCAUUCAAUUCUUUUUACCUUUGCCUGUUAUUGUUUUUUAGUGACAUUCUGAAGCCAAGGAACCAGGCUCAAUAGCUGUUUGAGCUGCAACUGAAACAAAUACCCCUCAUGUCUGCCUGAAGGAGGCUGGAGCAACUGCUGCCUGUGACUAGAACAGACUGUUCCAUUGUGAACUAGCCAAGCACAAACUCCCAUCUUCUGUAUAUAGUGUGUAAGAUGGCAAUUCAUACCCACCUCAUGAAAGGGAAAUAAAUGGAAAUGUGAGGCCUAUCA